UAUUUUAUAGUUAUCGACGUUUUCGUUCCGUGCUCGAUAUGAAUAUGAAGUUGAACAAUAUGAAGUUUGUGUGUUUUAAGGUCCUGUAUUUGUUCAGUACUUUAUUACCUUCAAAAUGUUCUGCGGUGCCGAUGUCACAACACGCAACAUCAUCUCAGAGCAUCGUAUUUAAUCCAGCGCAAAUCACAUCCACAGCUGCUUCGCCAAAAAUUACAGAAGAAAAUGAUCCGCAGAAUGCUAAAUAUGAAUACAAAUAUGAGGUAUCUGAUCUUCGAACUGGGGACAGGAAGACACAUUGGGAGAGCAGACACGGCGAUGUAGUGCGUGGUGUCUACACGCUGUAUGAACCUGAUGGUGCUUUGCGUACUGUUGAGUACACAGCCGAUGCGUUACAUGGAUUUAAUGCCGUAGUGAGGAGAAAUGUACCGUCACCGCAUCAAUAUCCACGAACCAAGCCGUCUUUACACAGUUUUACUAAAGCUCAGGAUGACGGGAAGGCUUUCAAGACCGAUGAACCAAACGACUUUUCACAUAAUCCUGCCCAAGUGAUGAUGAUCAUGGUGGUGUUCAUGAUGCCCAUCAUGAUGACUAUGAUGCUCAUGGUGUCCAUGAUCGUGAUGGUCAUGAUGAUCGUGAUGGUCAUGAUGUACGUGAUGGUCAUGAUGAUCGUGAUGCUCAUGGUGAUCGUGAUGGUUAUGAUGAUCGUGAUGAUGAUGGUGAUCAUGGUGUGGGAUGAUAUGGUGGUGGGCAAAUCUGUUAUGUACGACAGCGUUGAAACUGAAAAGAAAAAUAUUAGAUGA